UUUACGCUGCGAAUUGCAUUCGUAUAAAUUCUGAAAUUUCGUAAAACUGAAAUUGCUUAACGCUUAGUAAGGUUAAAGAUUAGUAUAAAAUACAAUAAUAAAUUAAUAAUCAAAGGUCACCGCGGGUGCAAAUUUUUGUACUCUUGGGUGCCGUGAGAAUUAUGUAUAAAGCAUUGUAGUGAGUGCUUUAAUAAGUGUGUCUGUGUUUCAAAAAUAUUUUGGUUAAGAUGAAUUUUUCCAAAACUCCUAAAACAACUCCUAUUACGGAUGACUAUGAUAUUUCCUCUACCGUCCUCGGCCUUGGAAUCAACGGAAAGGUGGUAGAAUGCAAGGAAAAAAAAACUGGUAUGCGCCGGGCGUUGAAGGUGUUACAUGACAGCCCGAAAGCCAGGCGAGAGGUUGAUCUCCAUUGGACUGGAAGUGGGUGUAUGCAUAUCGUAGAAAUCAUUGAUGCAUACGAUAAUACGUAUGGUGGUAAGCGGUGUCUGCUAGUAGUGAUGGAGUGUAUGGAUGGAGGGGAGCUCUUCCAGAGAAUCCAGGAUAAUCGGGAAGGUGCAUUUACUGAGAGGCAGGCAGCUGAGAUUAUGCACUCCAUAUGCGUAGCUGUGCGCUACCUACACGACACAAAUAUUGCGCAUCGGGACAUCAAACCUGAGAACCUGCUCUACACAACCACAGAGCCCAACGCUAUACUCAAGCUCACGGAUUUUGGCUUCGCAAAACAAACGCUGAACCACAUGGACACAUUACAAACACCUUGUUAUACACCAUACUAUGUUGCGCCGGAGGUCCUGGGUCCAGAGAAAUACGACAAAUCCUGCGAUAUUUGGUCUCUAGGUGUUGUGAUGUAUAUACUGCUGUGCGGUUUCCCACCUUUCUACUCGAAUCAUGGUCUUGCUAUAUCGCCAGGAAUGAAAAAGCGUAUAAGACUAGGGCAGUAUGACUUCCCGGAGCCUGAAUGGUCAAACGUCUCUUCGGACGCCAAGAACCUUAUACGCGGUAUGCUGUCAGUGGAUCCGGCAAAGCGGCUCACAAUACAACAGGUGAUGGCCAGCCCUUGGAUCCGGCAAUACACCCAAGUGCCCCAAACUCCACUGUACACGGACUCAGUACUGCGGGACACGAAUGAGGCAUGGGCCGAAGUGCAGGACGAGAUGACCAGGUCUUUGGCAACAAUGCGAGUUGAUUAUGACCAGGUAGUGCAAAUAAAAUCCUUGGAGCAAAGCAAUAACUCACUACUGAACAAGCGGAGGAAUAAAGUCGGUGCCUAAAAGUACUUAUAUAACGCAAAAAUUUCUAUAUAUUUCUGUCUCCCUCACAUUGUAUCGAAAUGAGUGAGAGAAUACUAGGUAUCUGUUUGUAUGAUUUAGUCAAUUAAACUUAAAUAUAUUGCAUCAUUGCAUCUCACGUAUUCAAUAGUGAUUGAGAACAGAAUAUUGCUGUCUCGCUCACAUUGAUGUAAAAUGAGCGCGAUGUUUAUACAAAUGGUUCAUAUAAUUAGUUCAGUGUUGCCAUCCCGCUAUUAAAAACAUUUCAUUGCAGUAAUAUUUACACGUAAUUAUACUCCAAGCAUGCAACUCAUUAGAUGCGCAGACGUCGACUUUUGUUUAUUUUGCAAUAAGUUACGAUUUUUUUUUAUCAUACUUUUACCAAGUUACUAAUUGGUAAUGCGUGAUGGCAAUACUUAUUAUAAGUACAUAAUACGCUCAAAUUGUAUUUAGCUGUCAAUUUAACAAAUUAAAAAAGACAAGAUAACCGUUUUCAUAAUUCCCUGUUAAUUGUCUCUUAUUAAAGUUAAAACCGAUACAUAUAUACGAUUCGUAGCAAUUACCAUAGGUAUUUUAAUGAACCCGGGAGGUAAAUAUUACUUUAGUCUGAGCAUUGAAAAACUGUAAUUCUUUUAAGUCAAUUAAUAAUAAUAAUUAAUCGUUUAAUUUCAUACAUUGCUUUCAAUGACGUCGCUAAAGGUAAUCUUCAAGAUUAGACAUGCUGUUUAGUUUGUACGCGGCAGUAAUACCAUAAACAACCCUAAAGUUAUAUUAAAUAACGACCAUAGAUAACAAGAAGUUAUGACAAUUUGUGGAGAAAAAAAUAUUGUUUCCGUCCCAAUACAAAUAUAUAUGCCAUAAUUAUGUAUGUUGCAGUAAAGUUAAAUC